GGCCAUAUAUUUUAUUACAAGAAUUAAAUGUGAAUAGCCAAGCCGGUAGGGCGUUGGACAUUUUGCUUUGUGAGCUUCUGCCCGCAGCGGCCUAAGGCUGUUUCGUUCUUAGAUCUCCCAUGUUCAAGCAUAUUUUGCCCUUUGCCUAUAUCUUGGAACAUGCUUUUGGGUAUAGUAUACCUCAAAGCCCUAUAACGACAUGGGAGUGCUGCCGAUCACAGUCUUCGCUGUUGUGCUUCUUGAGCCUUUGGCCCCUCGAGCUUCUGCGUCCCAAUUCAUGUAACAUUAACAGCACCCCCUGCUGCUUAGCACGGUAUUUACCUCGACGCUAAAUUGCGUUCGCAGGUAUAUCCUUGUCGGCCUUUCGCGAGC